AUGCUCGCCAAGAAGCGCAACCUCAAGGAUUGGAUACAGCGGGCUUCCUCCGAGCCACAACAGGAACCAUACGACUCGGACGACGAUCUCGCUCCUGCAAAGAUGAGCGUCUCGGGCGACGAGCGAGAUGCCGUCGAUCCCAUCCAGAGCUGGUCGCCAUUUUCAGAGGCUGCUCAAAUCCACCUCAAUAGCACAAGCACACGAGAGCGCAUCGACUUUCUUGAACGAGAUGCUCUCAAGGCCGCCGAGUUGUCAGAGCUUCAACCCGUCCAAAGAGCAGAGCUUCUAACCAUAAUCCUUCGCACCUACGCCAAAUACAUCGACCGACAAUCUCGACUUGCUUCCCUCAAUGUCUUUUCCAAGCUCAUUCAGUUCGACGAAGCUGCUGCUCCACCAGAGUCAAAUGGCCCCGUAGCAAAGCAUGCUCUUGCAUGGCUCAAACGAGAGUCUGAGCGCAUCUGCAAAAUUUCACCGAAUGCAUCCUCCAUCACCUCUCUUGCAACCAUUGCAGCUCUGCACGCCUACGUCUGUGCCCUCUACUCCACACUCUGUGCUUGCCUCAUAUCAGCCGGUGACAACGCACCAAAUCCAGCAGCCUUGCCAACAUGGGAGUCCCUCGUUCAGGUCUUGGCUAUGACCUACGAUGCCAUUCUCGCCGACACAGCUGGAAGGAAGAGCGUCAGAAAGAAUGCUGUCACCCUCACAAGACGAACACUGCGAAAUGCACACCCAUGCCUUCCUCAACUCAUGCGUACCAUCUCUGCUAUCUCCACUCCGGCUACUGCUCUGCGCUCUGCCUCCCUCCUCGGAGAAGCUGUUGGCGUCUGCGUAAGACUGCGAGCCGGUUCAGAGCAGGUCAAGGGUGCUCCCCAUGGUAUUGGCUGUGGAUACGUCAAGGACGCCAAGAAGGAGAUCCUCAACUUCUACAGCACUCAACUUGUCGCCUCCAAGACAGCUGUCCCUGAUCAUGCUCUCCGUGCGUUAGACGACUUUGUUGCGGACCAAGUCACGGAAGAAGAUCUUGCAUCGACACUUCGACCACAACUUCAAAAGAUGCUGCUUCGCUCGCCUGAGGUCGCACUUCCCAUCGCAACAAGACUCUUUGCUGCCGUCAAGGUCGACGUUGGCCCCCAUGUCAAGCCUCUACUCGACCCUCUCUUUUCGGCUUCUCGAUCCACCAAUGCGGCUACCAGGUCAAAGGCAUCCGACUUCUUCUCGGCCCUCUCCACUCGCAUUCGUGACGAUGACUCCGCCAAGGCUACCGUCGUUGACGAGCUCAUCGCCCUCCUCAAGGGCGGCAAGGCAGCCACACCUGAAGCGCGAACUUCCGUCUACGUCAUGCUUUCCUCUGUUGCGCCAGGCGAGGCGGCCAAGAGCUCCAACAUCAUUCAAGUUGUCUCGUCACUGCUUCCGAAAGAAGCACAAGAAGCCUCCAUGCACGCAGCCCUCUCAUGUAUCACACAUCACCUUCUCUGGCUCAUCGCCGAGGCUGACACCGUGCCGCCUGCCGCUGUCUCUACUGCUCUUGCCAAGGAGAUGCAGAACUCCAAAGUACCUAUCAGGAAAGCUGUCUGCCUCGCCAUCGGCGAGCUCUUCUGGUCCAUGACCGACUCCAAGUCUGCAACAGCCGCCGUGCGCACCUUCUCCGAGUCGCUCCUCCCUGCUUUUGAGGCAAACCUCAAGAAUGCUUCUACCAACCCACUCACCGCGCCCGGUGGUCCAUUGGAAGGCUACAUCGCAGCUGCUGUGCUGCAAGGUCGUCUCGCCAGCAUCGGUUCCGACAAGAUCAACAACGUCGUGCGCAAGAACGCUGCACUCGAGGGAAUUCUCGUGGUUGAUCCCAAGCCAUCUUUCCUCCUCGCUGACAAGGUCUUCCGCAAGAUUGCCACUCCCGAGGAAGAGACGUGGCUCUCACGUGCUUUGCAAGCUAUUAUCGCUCGCCGUUCUAAGGCUUUGGCUGCCGACAAAGCCGUACAGGUGCAGGUCGCUCUCGCUUUGAUCCACCUUCUCUUCCAUGCAACAGGACCCAACUCAAAGCGAUCUGUCUUAGAGUUGGUGCAGGACCUUGCCCAAGUCGAGACCAUCCUCACGCACCACAUCAUCACCUCUGGUAUCUCGGCUUUCCUUCAGCAGCCACCAGCAACCGCCAGUGCCGCUACUUUGUCAUCAUCCAAGCCUAAUGGAGCAGCCUCAACCGCAUCUGCAUCUAGCUCUGCAGCCGCUGCUGAGACCGAAGACGCAAAGCCAUCUGCCGAGACUCGUGCACGCGAUCUUCGCCGCCUGCUGUCUGCCGCUUCCACCUUCUCCGAAGAGCUUGACACCGAGGCGAGGAAGAAGGCCCUUGUCGACACGCUCCUCCUUGCACAUCACACCGACCUGCUCGACCGCGACACCUCUUGCUUCAUGGACCUUACCUUCAAGGCCAAGAUCCUUCCCAUUGACCUCAUCACAUCCAAGCAGCAGGACCUUAUUUCCGUCGUGCGUGCUGCCCUUGAUGACGAACGCAUGCGAGAGGCUGGUUUCGCUGCUCAAACAACCCUCGUUCGUCUGGCACCGGACUCGGUCAUGGCCGAGCUCGUCUCUCAGGUGGAGGCAGACACGCCUUUGGACGACCUGCAUGCGCUCACACAGGAUGAGUUGGGCAUGUGGCGCACCGAGCCAGGCAGUCUUUACAUUGACGUGCUUUCCAACUCCAAUCAAGACUCGAUCGACAAGAACAACAAGAAUGCGAAGAUGGAGCAGUGGGAGAAAGAGCUCCGUGCCGACAUCGCAAAGAAGAAGGCGGCGCAGAACAAGACCCUCACCAAAGAGCAGAAGGAUGCAGUUGACGCUCAGUCCAAGAUCGAGGCACAAGCUCGUGCCAAGAUUGAAGAAAUCCGUUCUAGAUAUGUGCGCUGUCUCCGUACCGUUUCGUCGAUCGUCGGUGCACGCACAGAGGAGAUUGAGGGCUACAUGCAAACGCUUGUUAACUUUGUUCUGCGCACAUUCGAGGUACCACAAGCCCGCCUCUUGUUCGAGAAGGAGGUGAAGGAGGCAUUCUGGGCCCUGUCGAGCUGCUGCUCGAUCCGCCUCGAGGCCUAUUCGAUGUUUGUUGGCGUUGCUUUGUUGCGAACGAUCGACGAGGAGUUGGUCCAGGAAGACUUCCGGGUCGAACCCAUCAACGAGCUCGUGCUGCGCAUCCUCUACCGACUCCGCUCCUUGUCGGAGCAGUCGCCGCUGGAUGCAGGCACUGUUGCUUUCAUCGACCCUUUGAUUGUGCGCAUCGUUCGUGCCGGUGGGUUCGGCGUGGAUCCUGAAGACACCGACUCGGUGCUCGAGCAGAUUCAGCUUUCGCUCGACUUCAUCGAUUUCCACGGCUCUGCCUGUGAUGACAUGCGAUACCCUCGCUCCUCGUUCAUCGACAGCCUGGUCACUAUCGUCGCUAAGCACACACAGAUAUCUAAGGAUGCCGUCUCGGCUCUGCGUGACAUCGGUGAGGCACUCAGAACAACUGCCUUGCCUGCCGAGAUCCAAAAGCUGCUCUCCAACACCAUGGUGGAUGAAGUCUACGUGCGUAAUGGCUGUCUGCAGGCCAUCCAGCCACUCGAUCUUACCGACCUCGAGUUCCCCGUCGAGCUCUGGCUUGCAUGCCACGACCAAGACGAGGAGAACGCGCGACUUGCCGAGAAAGCUUGGGAGGAGAACGGCUUGGACGUGCCAGAGUCGUUUGCCGAUCCUUUGAUUGCGCUGCUUGAGCACAAGAACGCUUACGUCCGUGACAGCUGCGCCCCUGCUCUCGCUGCAGCUACCGAGCAGCACCCAGAGCAGGUCUCUUCGGUCGUUGGAAAGCUCUGCAGCUUGUACAAGCAAAGGAACAAGGUGCUCGCUCCCGAGUACGACCGCUUUGGUAUGGUCAUCGAAUCGACCAAGAAUCGACAGGACCCAUGGCAGACACGUGCUGCUGUUGCUGUGGCACUUCGUCACUUGGCUCCUUACUUGCAGGGUUCCGAUGUGCCAUCGUUCUUCGAGUUCAUGAUCGAUGGUCAGGCGCUUGGAGAUCGCAGCGAAGAGGUGCGACCUAGCAUGCUCGAAGCUGCUACCGCUGUGAUCGACUUGCACGGCAAGGAGCAUCUCACCAAACUCAUCACCAUGUUCGAGGCCUUCUUCAGCAACUCAAGCGGAUCGACCGCUGACGAUGGCAUCACUGAAGCUGUCGUCAUUCUGCUUGGUCGCGAAGCUCGCCAUCUCGACCCUAAGGACCCUCGUGUCAGCAAAGUCGUCGACCGUCUCAUCGAUGCUCUCAAGACUCCUUCCGAGCUGGUUCAGUCUGCUGUUGCGGACUGUCUGCCUCCACUUGUGCGGGCCAUCAGCAAAGAUGUGCCACGCCUCUUCGAUUCCCUCUUCAAGGAGCUCUUUGAUGGUGCCAAGUAUGCUGGACGCCGUGGUGCCGCCUAUGGUCUUGCUGGUCUCGUCAUGGGUCGGGGUAUCGGUAGUAUCAAGGAGUUCCAUGUGAUGGGAAAGCUUGCUGAAGCCUUCGAGGACGCAAAGAACCCCACUCGCCGUCAGGGUGUCAUGUUCGCCUAUGAGACGUUGACACUCACGCUCAAGCGUCUCUUCGAGCCUUACAUCAUCAGUAUCUUGCCGCACAUGCUUGCUGGAUUCGGUGAUGUAUCAAGCGACAUUCGGGAGGCGACACAGGACGCAGCCAAGGCGAUCAUGCAAAACGUCUCUGGUCACUGUGUCAAGAUCAUCCUCCCGACAUUGCUCUCUGGUCUUGAUGAGAAGCAAUGGAGGACCAAGAAGGGUGCCAUCGAGCUGCUUGGUGCUAUGGCAUACUGUGCUCCCAAGCAGCUUUCGCUCUCACUGCCGACCGUCAUUCCUCGACUGAGCGAGGUGCUGACUGACUCUCACACUCAGGUCCGCACCGCGGCCAACAAGAGUCUGAAGCAGUUCGGCGAGGUCAUCAACAACCCAGAAAUCAAGCAGCUGGUACCAGUGCUGCUCAAGGCGCUCAUCGAUCCCAACACCAAGACAGGUGCGGCUCUAAAGGGCGUUCUGGAGACGAGCUUCGUUCACUACAUCGACUCUCCCUCGCUCGCCCUUGUCAUCCCCAUCAUCGACCGUGGUCUCAAGGAGCGCAGUGCUACCAUUCAGAAGGAUGCUGCCCGGAUCGUCGGCAACUUGGCUGGUCUUACCGACUCGAAAGACUUCGUGCCUUACUUGGGCAAGCUCAUCCCCAUGGUACGAUUGGUCCUCAUCUCACCGGUUCCCGAAGCACGAGCUGUGGCUGCCAAGGCGCUUGGUACUUUGGUCGAGCGUCUCGGGGAAGUGCACUUUGUCGAUUUGGUCCCCUCGCUUCUUGCCGUUCUGCGAUCCGAGGCUACUGGUGUCGACCGACAGGGUGCCGCUCAGGGUCUUGCCGAAGUGUUAGCAGGUCUCGGUAUGGAGCGCAUGGAGAACUUGCUACCAGAGAUCAUCAACAGUGCCUCCGACCCCAAGCCGUACGUUCGAGAAGGUCACAUCUCUUUGCUCAUCUACCUGCCCGCAACGUUCGGUCACCGGUUCGCUCCUCACUUGGGUCGCAUCAUUCCUCCCAUCCUGAGUGGUAUUGCGGACGAGGCGGAGACGGUGCGCGAGGCAUCGAUGCGUGCUGGUCGCAUGAUCAUCGCCAACUACUCGUCCAAGGCUGUCGACUUGCUGUUGCCGCACCUCGAGACUGGUCUCUUCGACGAAACGUGGCGUAUCCGAAUGUCGUCGUUGCAACUCACUGCCGAUCUUCUCUUCCGUCUGUCCGGUAUUUCGGGCAAGAACGAGGUGGAAGAGGAAGGCAUCGAAGAGGAAAUGGAGCAGUCGGUCGCCAACAACUCGGUACAGCGUGCUCUCAUCGAGGCUCUCGGUCAGGAGCGACGCGAUCGCAUCUUGGCUUCGAUCUACAUCGUUCGACAGGAUCCCAACAUUCCUGUGCGCCAAGCUGCGAUUCACACAUGGAAGGCAUUGGUGCACAACACUCCCCGAACUGCACGAGAGGUGUUGCCUACGAUGCUUGACAUUCUCAUCAAGUCGCUUGCAUCCAACGGCGACGAGAAUCGCGAGAUGGCCGCCAGGACACUGGGAGAACUGGUCAAGAAGCUCGGCGAAAAGAUCUUGCGCGAGACCAUCCCAAUCCUGCGUAUGCGUGGUGCCACUUCGGAAGAUGCCAAGACUCGAUCGGGUGUCUGCUACGCUGUCACCGAGAUCUUGGCCAACUCGACCAAGGGUCAGCUGGAAGACCACGAGGAUGCCAUUAUUGCGGUGGUGCGUCACGCGCUUGUCGACGAAUCCCAGUCUGUGCGACAUGCGGCUGCUCAGGCGUUCGAUGCUACACAGACCUACAUCGGACCUCGUGCUAUUGACGAGACGAUCCCAACACUGCUCGAGGCGCUUUCGGACACAAGCGGUGGUACUUCGGAGACAGCCUUGGCUGCAUUGCGCGAGGUCAUGCGUGCUCGUUCGGACGUCGUAUUCCCUGUCUUGGUGCCAACGCUCAUUGCUCAGCCCAUCACUUCGUUCAACGCCCGCGCGUUGGCAGUGUUGGUGCGUGUCGCAGGCUCUGCACUCAACCGUCGUCUCUCCAGCAUCCUCAAUGCCCUCUCGAAAGCUCUCGACACGGAGAAGGACGAGACGAUUCAUGCCGAUCUGCAAGCUGCCGUCGAGGCGCUGCUUGGCUCCGUCUCAGAUGUUGACGGUCUGCACCAGACCAUGCUUCUGUUGCUCGGAUGGGCAGGGUCCAACACUUGGCCUCAGCAGCGCGUUGCCGGAUGUGGCUUCUUCAAGGUUUUCUGCCAGGUCAAGAAGCCGUCGGUCGAUGUUUGGGACUAUCUUGUCGACUGGUUGCGCAAGCUCGUCUCGCUGCUCGACGACCCCGUGGCCGACGUAGUUGAUGCGGCAUGGGAAGCCUUGGAUGCAUGCCUCAAGACGGUUGGCAAGGACGAGUUGGAAGGACUCGUGGUUCCCUUGCGUCGCAGCUUGGAAAACACAGGUGCUCCAGGUCGCAAGCUCGCUGGUCUUUGCCGACCCAGAGGUGCUUCGCCCUUGGUGCCAGUGUUCCUUGCUGGUCUCAUGAACGGCACUCCCGAUCAAAGACAGAAUGGUGCAUUGGGGCUUUCGGACAUUGUGGAGCGUACUCCAGCAGACGUGGUCAAGCCGUUUGUCACCUCGAUGAUCGGUCCUCUCAUCCGACUGUGUGGCGAUCGUCACCCUGCUCCCGUCAAGGCUGCUAUUCUUACCAGUUUGGACACGAUGGUUCGACGUAUUCCUGCGCUUGUACGACCUUUCUAUCCUCAGCUGCAGCGUUCGUACCAGAAGGCGGUUUCGGAUGGCUCGAGCGCAACUGUGCGCUCCAAGGCCGGUGUAGCACUCGGAAACUUGAUGGGUCUACAAACUCGUGUUGAUCCGGUGAUCGUAGAGCUCGUCCAAGGCGCACGCGCGGGUCUGGGCGAAAGCAGUGGAGGAAAUGCCGCAGCCAGUGCUGGUCUUGCCGGUGCUGCUGCAGGUGGUGCUACUGACCCUGCUGAACUCGCCGACUCGUUUGCCCUCGCUCUUGCUCACGUGCUUUCCAACGCUCCAGCCAAGAACGUCGGCCAAGGGAGCCGCGAUCAGGUGCUCGCUCUCAUCGACGCCACCUUUGAUGCUCGCAAUGCUAUCAAGGAUGCUUUCCGUCAAGGUAUGGCUGAAGUUGUAGCUUCGCUGAUCAAGCUGGAUGCUGACAUGGCAACGAGUGUUUUGCAGAAGCACGUUGUGGGUGGUGGAUCAGACGAUGUUGCGUUGCAGUCUCAGAUUGUACGUGCUUGUCUUGAGAAGGAUGCAGUGGCAUUGCACGACUUGGAGAUUGCAGAUGAACUGGUGAAGGCGGUCAUGUCAUGGAUCAGCCAAGGUUCGGCCAUUUCAAGACCAGCUAAAGAGUCAAGAGACCUUAUUAGGGAUUCAGAUGCUUGGAAGAAGGAAGCUAAGGCUGCGGAUUGGAUCUGA